GGCGGGACAAGGCGUUAGAGGCGGGGUACAGUGGAAUUAUCAUGGCGGGAUGCAUGAAAAUCAUAAACGGUUUUAUUUCAGCAAACGCUAGAUUCAUGGUUCUUGCGGUGCUCCUUAUGUGUUUACCUCAAAUCUCACAACAGGAUACGGGUGAAGAACAUGAAAUAACUAAUCUGCGGGAUGGUGACGAGUAUGUCAUGUCAGGAUCCAACCGGUUCUGUUACAGAAACACCGUAUUGCCAACCUGGAGGCAGACAUGGACAAGAAUUCAAGUCAAAGUGUGGAGUUCAAAGGUGUUUAAGGUGGACACUGUGGAAGGUGAGGAGGAGCUGCAGGAGCUUGAUCGCUUCAGUUUUUGGGGCUGGUUCCAGAGCCUGCUGCGAGAGAAGCACAAUGAGACUGUUAUUAACGUCAGCCUGUUCAGCAAGAAGACGUGCUUCAAGGUUGAUCCUAUUGGCAAUGCGCAAUACACUGUCAAACCCAUUCGCAAGUUUGAUAUAUAUCUAUUCUUGUUAUUCCUCGCUGGAGCAUUGCUGUUUUUCUUUGCAGACUCACUCAGCAGGAGUCAGGCUUUCUUCUAUUCUGCUGGUAUGAGCACUGGCAUGAUUGCCUCUCUCAUAAUCCUCUUUUUCAUUCUGGCACGCUUUUUACCAAAGAAAAGCCCCUUUUAUGUGUUGAUAGUUGGAGGCUGGUCAUUCUCUGUGUACGCAAUCCAGCUUGUGUUCAGGAACCUCAGCAUUAUUCUUCGAGAGCACUGGCAUGUGGCAUUAGGUUAUGUAGCAAUUGUGGGAUUCAUCAGCUUUGCUGUGUGUUACCGUUAUGGCCCUCUGGUUGAUGAGAAGAGCAUUAACAUCCUGUCGUGGACCCUGCAGCUCUUUGGUCUGCUCCUGGUUUAUUUAGGAAUUCAGAUUCAGCAAGUUGCCUUCGCUCUUAUUGUAGCUGCUUUGUUUACCAAAAACCUGGGGUACCCAGUCUAUCUGCUGGUUGCUGCAUGGAGAAAAAUCAAGCAGUACAUCUACUGGAAGCCACAGCCACGACGCCUGCUGACUGAGGAGGAGUAUCAGAAGGAAGCUGAGGAAGAGACUCGGCGGGCUCUGGAGGAGCUGCGGAAAUAUUGUAACAGCCCAGAGUUCAGCCCGUGGAAGACAGUCUCUAGAAUUCAGUCUCCAAAAAGGUUUGCUGAUUUUGUCGAAGGCUCCCCACACUUGAUGCCUAACGAGGUGUCCGUCCAUGCUCAGGAAUACGGUUUUGGAGGAUCUUUCUUUGAGGAUGAACUCUUUGAUACAGACGACGAAGAUGACGACGAUAUUGUACCUGUGAUGAAACCAGAGUGAGACGGCGCAGUGUUGGAAACAAAAACACUUAUUACUGCCUUUCAGAAAGGUGAUGGGAGACCAGCUCUCCAGGGCCGUCCAGACUGACUUUUAAAUGGCUUCUUUGGAGAUGGGAUUAGCGGCAUCCCUGAAUUCCAGGAUAAAGAGCCAUUUUGUAUCACCACAGGCAAAGUAAACAAAGUACUGUCAAAGAAUGUGUAAUACUUCUUUAUUUCAGGGAAUUAAGAUUUCUGUUGAGAGGUUUAAAGACAGUGAAAGCUGAGACUUGCAGGUUUCUUUGUGCCCAGUUGUGGCCCAGAUAAGUUUUCAGUUUUCUAAACAUAUUUUGUUUACAGCCUUUGGCUCUAAUUGGAUUUUCUGCUGUGGAAUGUAAUGAGAUUAUGCUUGUAGAUCACUAUUACCAGUUAUUACUCUAGUUUCCUGCUUGGGAAGAGAAAGAGAUGUCAUUUUUUAAAUUUGACUUAUUUCAUUUAUUUUAAACAAAAACCAUCAGUAGAAGUGUCCCCAAGUAAUUUGAAUAAAGAUAUAUAUAUAUAUAUAUAUAAGUUUUGUAAAUGUCAGCAUGGUUUUAUCAUAUGCCUUUGAUGCAAAGAAAAGAAGUUAUUUUUCUUGUUUAGUGCCGGUUGACACAAUUGUCAUUUCAAGCACCUUUAUUUUAAGUAAAGACUCUGUAGUAUCAGAGAGACAAGUUCAAGGAUGCAAUGAACUCUUAUUAGCAGCAUCUGGCAUCAGUGGGAGGAAGAUUUCGAGGGGCCAAGUUCGGGCUGGAUGAAAAUGAGUAAUGCAAUAACAAUACUUACUUAUCAUAUAAAACAUUUUGUUGUGUUGCGCUUGAACAAUCCUUCCAUCACACCAACACAUGACGUGUCAUCAUUAAUGACAUAUUACCAUAUGUAGGUAAAGCCCCCGGUCAAACAGGCCUCUAGAAGGGAAAAUUGUGUAUUCCCUAAUGCCAGAUACCUGUGAAUGUAAAAUUUGAAUUUUAGUCAUCUAGCAGUGACUAGAUGUUACAAGGAUUUGGGGUCACUCGCAGGGGAAUAAAGCGGCCUUUUUAAAAAAAAAAAAAAAAAAGCAGGCAUAAUGUAAGCAUUCGGUUAUAUGGUGUGAGUGUGGAUUAUAAUUCUUGAUUAUUUAGGUUGUGCUACUGUCUUUCUUGGUUUACUUCUAUUCACUUUUGUUUAGUAGGUGGCCUUUCUACCAGCUCUAUCCCCGUCCUGGUACAGAGCCAGUUCUACCUUGAUGCCUUUUAGGAAGCAACCCACAUUUCGGUUUGAAUUUGGUCACAGCAGUUUUGUGGUGCUGUGUUGGUGCCAGGUUUGUUUGGUGGUCUGGUCAAAAUGCCAUGACUUCGGUGAAUGAAAUUAGCAUGGGAAUCUUUUAAGAGGACCUGCUUGUUUUAAUAAAAUACUUCUUUUCCCCCAAUUUGAUGUCGGAGCCCAAUUCUGUCCUGCUUCUUUUUGACAACUAGGUCACAUUUCAACAGGUUUAACAACUGAUUUACUAAAGAUCGGAUCAUUUUUUUUGAAAAUAAAAUCAGGUGGUGGAUUGCACCUGGCAGGGCUUUUCUGUGUAGAGUUUGCAUGUUGUCCCCGCACUCCAGCUUCCUCCCACAGUCCAAAGACAUGUAGUGGUGUUGGGUUAACACUAGUUAACCUGCCUGCUGUUAGCCCCGCAGCAGGCUGGUGACCUGCCCAGGUUGUAGCAUAUUUUGCUCUGUGGAUAGCUGGAAUGGGCUCCAGCCCCUCAGUCACCCUGAAUUGGAUAAGUAGAUUCUAUCUGUAAAUCAUUGAUGCUUCUUUUGGUAACUCCUGUCAUAGCAGCAAACCCACUUUGCAGACAACAAUGGAGUGAUUUGAAUCAAACAGCAUUUGCAGAAACUGUUUUUGUUGUUUCUGUCGAGUGAUUCAUUUGUCCAGUAUGCAGAUUCAAAUGUACUUUAGACACGAUAUCUUCUGUUGUUCCUCACUUAUCUAGAAACAAAACAAGCAAAACAGUAUUUUCAGUUUGAAACACGCAUCUUUCAAAUGAUUUUCGCUGGUGUUCGCAUUUAAAGGGGCAUCUUUAAAUCUGUUAAAAUAUGACCUUAACUUCAAAGAAACCACCACUCAGCUGUAAAGUAAGAAUGUGCGACAUUUCUCAUAUCUUCGCAUUACUUCCGACAUAUCGUGCCACACAACCUUCUAUGUAAUCCAGUCAUGACUGGCAAACACUCGCAUUACAUAUGCAAUGUUGAGUCAAGCCUUUAAAUAUACGGUACGUAUCUUCAAGGUUUUACUAAGUUCACAAUAAACUGAAAGUGGAAACAGAACAGGGAAAAACUGCAGUGGACCUAACUUGCUGUUAAAGCCACACAGUGUUAUCUUCAAUCAGGCAGCUUUAAGUAUACGUUAGAGCUAAAACAUUGUAUUCAUUCUUUCUCUCCCACUCUCUAGUUUCAGUGAGCCAUUUCUGAUGUAUUGGGGACAUUUUGACAUUUAAACCCAACUGCCCUGUGCAUUCCAUCUCUGGCUUCUUUACAUUAUACGUCUGCCCUCACAACAUUUGGAGACAGGGAACAACCCAAAUACCACUUUUGCAAAUGAUUACACUCGAUUACACAACUUGUUUGAAACAGCUGGCGUUAUUUGCAUGUGUUUCCCAGGCACUGUUUGGCAGUGUAAUCACAUUCACACGUCGCUCUUUUUUCUUUUUUAACUUCCCCAAAGAACGUCACAAACAGGGAAACCUCGCUGCAAUGCAAACGCGACCACGGUGCAUGUGGAAGGGGGAGAAUCCCUUGGAUAUACGAGUAUAUUGCAAUCUCUGUGAUGGCCCCCACAUGGCUGCUUCAUGUAAAGUGUCUGGAUUUCCCCGGAGCUUGUACACUGACCUACAAUUGAUCAUUUAUAAUAGAGAUUUUGGCAGGAUUUGAUUCCUGCACACCUCUGUACAAUGGGAUUUUGCACUUUUCCCACUAGAUUCUGUGAAAUAAAGAUAACCCUGCUGUUGAA